AUGUCUUUAUCUUCAUCAUCAACACCUACAAUCAAUUUUUUUAUUAAUUAUAAUCAACCAUUACAAGGUAAAAAAAUCACGGUUCCUAAAUCAAUAUCAAUUAAUCAAUUAAUAUUACAAGCUUUAACAGUAUAUAAAAUUGAUAGUAAUAAUUAUGAAGGUCAACUUUAUCAUAAUGGUAAAUUAUUAGAUGGAUCAUUACCUAUUCGAUUAACUAAUUUAUUAAAUAAUGCUAAAUUGAAUUUAAAAACCAUCGCCAAAUUGAACAUCAGCAACACGGCAACCACCAAUACCACCACCACCUCUACCACCACCACCUCUACCACUAAUCAACAUGAAAUUAAUGUUAAAUUUAUUAAUGAUAAUACUGGUUCAAUUAAGGUAGAAAAAUGUUUUAGUGGAUUAAAUUUAAUUGAAUUAAUUAAGAAAUUUAAUGGUGGUGGUGAUGAUGAUGAUGAUGAUAAUAGUACCAAAAAAUCAGAAUUACGAAUUGUUAAUGUUAUUAUUGAAUCGGAAAAAUAUCAUGAAACUACAUUAGAAUCAAUUGUUGGGAAAUCUAAUAAUGUUGUUAUUCGAUUUAAAUAUAAAAAAAUAGAUAAUGAUAAUGAUAAUGAUAAUGAUAAUGAUAAUGAUAGAAUUGUUAAACAAAGACAAGAAGAAGCAAUUAAAUUACAUAUUAAACAAGAGAAUAUUAGAAAGAAAGUACAAGAACAAGAGAAAUUAGAACAGAGAUUAAAAGAGCAAGAGCAAGAGCAAGAGAAACAGAAACAGAAAGAGAAAGAGAAGCAAAAUGUUAGGGUUGUGGAAGAUGAUAUUAUUGAAGAAGAUCUAAAAGAAAAUCAACCACAACCACAACCACAACCACAGGAGUUUUCUUCUUUGAAUGAUAUACAAAUAUUGGAACCAAAACAAGAAAAAUCGGCACAUCCAACAAUUGUACAACCUCAACAACAAUAUACAUUUCAAUUAGAAGAAAAAGAAGAAAAAGAAGAAGAAGAAGAAAUCAAUGAUACUCCUCAAUUAUACAUUCCUUCCAUUAAGAAACAAGAAGAAGAAGAAGAAAAAGAAAAAGAAUUAUACGAAAAUCCUGAUGAAGAUUAUGAAUUAACAUUAAAUCAAUUGAAAACAUAUCAAAAUAUCAUUAGAGAUUCUGGUAAAAAAAAAAAUCAUAUUAAUCAUGCUAUAAUUUCAUCACCACCUAAUAAAUAUCAAAUUAGAAUAAAAUUUCCUGAUUUAAAAAUUUUACAAAUUAAUUUUAUUAAAAAUAUUGAAAAAAUUAAAUUUAAUGAUUUAAUUAAAAAAAUUGAUGAAUUAUUAUUACCAAAAUUUAUUAAUAAUUAUAAUUUAAAAUUUGGUUAUCCACCUUUUAAAACUAUUGAUAUAUUAUCUUAUAAUAAUAAUAAUAAUAAUAAUAAUAAUAAUGAUAAUAAGAAUGAAUAUUUAUAUAAUUUACCUGAUUUUCAACAAGAAAAAAUUAUGCUUAUUUGGGAAUUACAAAAAUCUAAUUUAAAUUUAAAAGGACCUUAUAUUAAAAAUGAAAGUUUAAAUUUAAAUUCAAAUUCCAAUUUAAAUUCCAAUUUAAAUUUAAAUAUUAAACCAACUGAAGAAUUACCUGAAAGAAUAUUAGAAAGACAUAGAGGAGAAUUACCAAAUGAGAUAGAAGAAAAUGAAAAAUCAAUUACCCUGUCAAGAAGAAACACCAGUAAUAAUAAUAAUAAUAAUAAUAAUAAUAAUAAUAAUAAUAAUGAUGAUGAUUCUAAAUCUAUUAAAAAAUCAAAAGUUCCUAAAUGGUUUAAAAUGAAGUAA